GUUUAUUAGUUCCAAUCUAUAAAAUCAGUCUGAUUACCAGCGUUCGUGCCAAGUGCAUCCUGAAUGUAGAAUAAACGGCGUCACACUCAACCGGAAAUGAAAAUCGUAAUAAGAUCUCUUUUCGCUGCAAUCGCUAUAGCUUCCCACUACUCAUGGCUUAGUUGCGCGCAAUCGAAUUUUCGGCAACCGCAAUACUACGAAUCCUGCAACGACGCCCCAAAUGCAACUGGUAUAUAUUUGAUCAAACCUUGGAAUAAUUCAGCUCCAUUUCAAGCGUUUUGCGAACAACAACUCUUUGGCGGCCAUUGGUUACAGUUUCAAAACCGUCAAGAUGGCUCGACAAACUUCAAUCGCAGUUGGAACGACUAUAAAUUCGGUUUUGGAAGCUUACAACGAGAGUUUUGGUUAGGACAGGAGAAACUACAUCAGAUAACUCACGGAAAACCAUGCGAGCUGUUGGUGGUGAUGGCAAACUACAGCGAAUUUCCCGUUUGGUAUCACUACACCACAUUCGGAGUGGCCAAUGAGACGGCAAACUUUGAGUUAAAGGUGCUCGGAUUCAUGGAGGGCACCGCUGGAGAGUCUUUUUACGAUUAUCGGAAGGAAAAUUUCAGCACCUACGAUAGGAAUAACGAUAGAUCUGGAGGGAACUGUGCAGCCAUAAUGGGAAGUGGUUAUUGGCAUCUGGACUGCGGAACUGGAAGCAGGCGAAAUAAUCUGAACGGAGUUUAUAGCGAACGAGUUUUGAAUGGCGGGGCUGGUAUGUGGUGGGGCGGCUUUGGAGGGCCUUCCAACCCGUUAAAGUGGUCGAAAAUGUUUGUCAAAGUAAGACCAGUUCAAAAGUCUCGCGUUUCUUCCAAAAGCUGAAAUAUUUUUGAAUACAUAAAUGAAUGAUACUAUAUGUAAGAUCUAACCCGAUUCUAAGUGAAGAAAUCAAUUAUGAGAUACGGGGUCGAUAUGGCCCCAGAGCACUUUGAAAAACUGUAACUUGAAAAUAAAAUAAGCGGACAAUCCGGGGCCUUCCUUA